AUGAAAACCUCAUCGCCGCACCUUGACGGCGUCUUGCACGUUGACAAGAUCGAGCUCUCAUCGAUCAAAAUCGUGAGCGCGUGCAGCCCGUCGCUCAAGUUCCACGACACGGUCCUCCGCAACGACAUGAUGCUGGCGCCGAUGGAGCCGACGCUGAGCACGGGAGGCGUGCGCUGGACGUUGCGCAUUGGAACAAGCGACGUGCGUCCAUGUCAAGUCGUUCAUGAGCGAGACGACGUCACUCCGUCGACGUCGGUGGCGACCAUCAAGGAGAUGAUUCAAGACCGGACAGGCCAGCCCGCCGACUCGCAGCGCAUGCUCUAA